AUGUUUCACGUUGUUCAGUACCGGCCUUUAAGACUAAUUACCCAACACAGUCUAUCUAGCAGGUGCUUAAAACUGAUGCUUUCAAGACCUGUUGCAUUUACACAGAUAUGGAAGUCAUGGUUCUCAAGCCAUUCUCUUGUUGGAAAGAAAAAUAUUGUCCUGAUGGGACCUCCAGGUGCUGGGAAAACAACAGUUGGGAGAAUAGUAGGUCAGAAACUAGAUUGCCCUGUCAUAGACAUAGAUGACGACGUCCUUGAAACAACCUGGAAUAUGAGUGUGGCGGAAAAACUGCAGGAAGUUGGUAAUGAGCAGUUUUUAGAAGAGGAAGGAAAAGCCCUGUUGAAUUUUUCAGCAUCUGGAAGUGUCAUUUCCCUUACUGGGUCAAAUCCAAUGCAUGCUGCUGGCAUGCAGCAUAUGAAGAAGAUUGGAAUAGUUGUGUAUCUGGAUGUGCCCUCAACAGUCAUUAUGAGCAGGCUGGAAUCAAUGAAAGUGGAUCACGUUGUGGGCCAGUCUCCUGGUAUUUCUCUCAAGGAUAUACUUCAGUUCAGGAAGCAGUUCUACAAAAGGUGGUACGACAUCCGUGUUCUUUGUGGAGGGGACACUUCAGAGGUUGUAGCAGAAAAGGUACUCGAUGCUCUGAAGAGAUACCAAAACUCAGAACUGGAAACUUUCAUUUCAACGAGGUCUAGUAGGUCUGUAAGGAGUAUGGAAAAAGACUCUGGUAAAUAUUUCAGUGAUGUUGUUACUGAGGGCCUAGCCCCUGAUGGAGGACUCUUUGUCCCUGAGAGAGGACUUCCAAAGUUCACUGCUGGGGAAUGGCAAAGCCUAAUAGAAGCAACUUAUGUCGACAGAGCCCAGGUGAUACUAGAACGAUGCAUACAUCCUGCUGAUAUUCCUGCUUCUAAGCUCGCAGAAAUUAUUGGAACUGCUUAUGGAGAAAACUUUACUUGCUCGAGAGUUGCCCCAGUUAGGCAUCUGGCAGGCAAUCAGUUUCUCCUUGAGUUAUUUCAUGGGCCAACAGCAUCAUUUAAAGAUUUUGCAUUACAGAUGGUACCGCAUAUAUUUGCAUACUGCAUUCCCAGAAGCUGCAAUUACUUGGUUCUGGUGGCCACUUCUGGUGACACGGGAAGCGCAGUCCUAGAUGGCUUUAGUCGUCUCCAUGACGCAGACAAACAGAGAAUUGCUGUGAUGAACUUUUUUCCCGAGGAUGGAGUAAGCCCAAUUCAAAAAUCACAGAUGCUUGGCUGUCAGAAAGAAAACGCCUGGUCAGUAGGAGUCAAAUCUGAUUUUGAUUUUUGCCAAACAGCUAUAAAGCAAAUCUUUAUUAAUUCUGAUUACACUGGCUUUCUUACAGUAGAAUAUGGAACAGCUUUAUCUGCAGCAAAUUCCAUAAACUGGGCACGACUCCUUCCGCAGAUAGUUUAUCAUGCCUCUGCAUACCUUGAUCUUGUUCAUCAAGAUAUUAUUCCUUUUGGAAGCCCUGUAGAUGUUUGCAUUCCUACAGGCAACUUUGGCAACAUAUUAGCCGCUUUGUAUGCUAAAAUGAUGGGAAUUCCAAUUAGAAAAUGCAUUUGUGCUUCCAAUGAAAACAAUGUUUUGACUGACUUCAUAAGAACGGGUGUGUAUGAUUUGAGAGGAAGAAAAUUAAUUCACACUUUUUCACCCGCAGUGGAUAUUUUGAAGUCCUCCAAUCUUGAGCGAUACUUGCACCUGCUUGCUAAUGAGGAUGGACAAUGGGUGGCACAAUUGUAUAACCAGCUGGAAAAUCAGGGGCACUUCCAGUUACAGAAAAACCUACUUGAAAAGCUUCAGCAGGCCCUGGUGGCUGGCUGGUGCUCUGAGAAGGACUGCCUAGCUGCCAUUCACUCUGUGUACAGUACUACAGGAUAUAUUUUGGAUACGCACACAGCUGUUGCUAAAGUAGUUGCAGAUCGUUUACAAGAUAGAACUUGCCCAAUUAUUAUUUCAUCUACAGCUCAUUAUUCUAAGUUUGCACCUGCUAUCUUGAGGGCCUUGAGGAUUGCAGAAAUAAACCAGAACCCAUUAAGUCAGCUUCACUUGCUGAGUUCUUACAGCCCUCUGCCUCCAGUACACUGGGGCCUGUUAGAGACCUUGAAAAAGAGGGGGAAUGAGGAUCACCAGGUCUGUGCUGCUGAUACGAGUGUGAUGAUGUCCCAUAUAGAAACCUUAAUUCAGAAUCAUUUUAUGAAAGUCUUCUGAGCACUGAUUGGAUAUCCGCUGAGUCAGUUGUGAUACCUUCUUAACAAGCUGCAUGUGUUAGUAAAGUCACGAUU